AGACAAAUCUAAUGCGCUGUGAAAGCGAGCUUAGCAAAUUGUCUUAGAGUUUGUCUUGCCAAUUUUAACCUCUCAAUAAACGCUCCUGGUAUGUCGCCAUAAAAAUGUCCGUUGGUUGUUCGCAAUAGAUCGACGGAAUCGCUUUCGACUACUGACAGACAGUCAGUAAUAUUGUUUACACCGUCAGCGAGGUUGUGUAGCCUAUCGAGAGCAAACGGGAAAUUGAAUUUUGGUUUUGUUUCUACGCAGAAUAAAUUAGCAGGCUGACCAGGGUUGAACUCAUCGAUCUGCAAGCAAGUGAGUAUACAUUCAUUUUUUGUUGUUGUUGACGAUUACAAGCAAUGUUGUCUCGCUCUGCUGAAUAGAUAAAUCCUGUUACUUUCUGCCAUGUUUUUCGAGAUUAAUCUGUGGGAAAGCGCAUUAUAUUAAAAUUCCAGUGAAAUGUCAUGUUCUGCGAGGGUUAAAAACCUGGCCCUCGAUUUCGCAUUUUCUCUUCGAGAAAUUUAUAUUUGUGAUGUUUUCGACGACAGAUUUUUUUAUAAGCCUUCUCCUACAAAUGGUGUCUCAAUGACCUCUUAGAUUUUACAGCCUUUUUCAGCUGUACUUUACCGAACUGUUUAGUAGUAUUUUCCGUUAGUGAGAGAUAUUGGUGAUGGGUCAGAGGAGUAUACAGCUGAGUGUAUAGACUCUUGCCAUCGUAGUUCUGUUAUUUUAACUGAGCUUAAUCUAAAACCACUCUUGGUUUGUUAAGUAAAGUUACUUCGUUCAGUGUGUAACAGCAGGAACGGUAUGCAAGGAAUAAUUUUUGCAACAAGCGGUCGCUAAACCAAUUGUGCAUCUCAUACACUCGAAAAUGUCUUAUUUCCGCUAACUCAUCGUUUUGCGUUCCUAAAAGAAAAUUGCUUAACACCAGAAGGAAUCAGUACAAGAACUUGAAAUAUCUCAAAGCUGGUCAUUGCAGGCGAAUUUGCAUCUUAAUUAAUGAACACUGACAGCUAGCUUAUAUCAGUAGCAUAUAUAUUUCGUAUCUUGAUCAUUAAUCGCCAAAAAGAGAUAAUCUGUCUUAUACUCUAUUAUUGUUUUUUUUGAUUUUUUUUUGAUACAGUGACAUAUCGUCCCCCAACAAGUUCUCCGAAUUUUAAGGCCCUUGUCAAAAUAAUAAAAAAAAAACUGCAUUUGAAUUGCGAAUUCUCUCAAGUGAAAUUCCUUCCUCGUUAAAUUUACUGUAAUAAAUACUAAGAGUUUUUCAUAAAAGAAAGAACUAAACAAUCUCUUUCAAAGCCCUUUUUCAGACUAAUAAUUCUUACUGAUGAAAUAUCAGGAAAAAUAUCAACAAUUUUUCAAUGUCUUCCCCCAUCUUAUUAGGCAUUUACUUUUUGAACCUUUCGCGUGACGCACGCCAAGAAUCUUCAAAAUUUUUGCAGCUGCCUCCGUUGCUUUACUGAAACUAGUGGCAGCGGGUCUGACAUUUAAAUACGUCUUCUAUUUAUUUAAAAUGACUUCAACCUCUUAAAAAAUUGAGUCUUUUUUAAAGCUAUUAUUUUUAGUUUUGAAGUUCCAAUUUAGUCUUCCAAGAAAAGUUUUUUUUACAACGUGUUAAGUCGUGUUCUCUGGCAACGCUUUGACAGAGCACCCAACGACUGUUUUUUUUUUAAUGUCUGUUGGGAGAAGCAAAUAUAUCCCCAGAAUUUUCUAUUACCUAAGGACGGUUAUAUUAAAAGUUUACUCGCCAUUGAUAAGCAUAUUACAAGCGACAAUUCAGGAUCAUCACUGAUCGACCAGACCCCAGUUGUUGUAAGUCUUCAAAAGGUGAAUAGCAUUAAUCACUGGAUAAGCUGGGUUUCCCUAAUACUUAUUCACUCUGCAUAGCGCCUUUAUCAAGUGGACAGCGUCAUCACCACUGGGGUCAGGGGUCGACAGUGAUCCAUAGAGACCGCUCAAUGAUCUUAUUCACUCCCAGUCCUCUUUUCCAGAUCACUGAAAGAAGUCUAAUGAUGGCCCAAGAGAUCAUCAACGGUACAUAUCAAGUUGACUACACCUCCUUCAGAGGUGACGUCAUAGUAUGCUGUGGGGGCUACGAGGGACGCUUUGAGAUGGAUGCCGUAGAAGCCUUUUGUCUCAACACCGGCACAUGGGCGGACCUUCCCCCAAUGCCAGUGGAAUGCAACAGCUUAGCCGCGGGAGCUUAUGGAAGCGCUCUUAUUGCUGCUGGAGGUUCUGCAAAGUGAGGCCAAAAGUUUUUAUUUUUCCACAGGUGCCCCAAGCUCACUAGUGGGAAUGCGUUGUUGCGUGACAAAAAUAUUAUUAAUAAGGGUAUGUAUGGGUAUUUGAGCGGUCGUGCUUUAGGGGUCAAAAAUAGUAAUAAAAAUACAUCAGAAUUUCUUACCUUGUGUUCUUGUCUAAAUUUAUGGUGUUUUCGUAGCAUUUUUGGCCGAUAUAACGAACAACGGCAAAACUAAAACUCGCUGGAAUCGCUCUUAAACGGCCAAAAAUGCGAAGAAAACACCAUAAAUUUAGACAAGGACACAAGGUAAAAAAAUCUGAUGUAUUUUUAUUACUAAUUUUUACCCCAUUAACAACGAUACAAACCCUCACAAUAUUUCUCUUACGCAACAACGAUUCUCGCCCGUGAGCUUGGGGUACCUGUUAUUUUUCUACCAGUCUUUAUCCUAAUACCGUAAACAUCCGCUUUAAAUUUAAGUCUCCCCACUUGUAAGUCGCCUCAUGCAAGGGAAUCCGAAUUCCAGAAUCCAAGAAAUUUUUACAGUAGUCACUAAAGUUUUCUCACGAAAGUGGAGGGUCUGCUCCUUAUGAAUGCAUCCGUUGAGUAUAAUAUACGUAACGUAGAAAUCGUUGCAUCGUCAGGACUUAAAAACAUCAUUUUUCGAGUUUUUUUUAUAAUGUUGCUGAUUUGGAGUCUAAAUUCACGCAAAACUGAUCCAGAAAUAGAUCAGUCCCUUAAAACUGCGAGACACGAGUACGUUUUUUUAACUUGCUGGUUUCCUGCUAGUACCACAAGCAUUCUUUACACACAUCAGGUGAACCGAUAGACUACGAGUAGUCCCCCAUUUUUCCUCAGGGAUAGUAGAGCGAGCGAAACGCGAGUGCGCGUGAAAAUCACCCCACGCGAGAAAAGGCGACAUGCCGCGUGUCGCCUUUUCUCGCGUGGGUUGAUUUUCACGCGCGCUCGCGUUUUGCUCGCUCUACUAUCCCUGAGGAAAAAUGGGGGACUACUCGUAGUCUAGCGAACCGAUCGCAGCAACGGUUGCCCUCGAACCCUUGAGACAGCCGUAAAAACCUAACUUGGACUAGGGCAUAAAUUUGGCUGCUGUGACAGAUCGCAUAAAUUAAAACUGGCUUGAUUUAGUGCAAAGAAGUUGCCAAUUACAACGUGAACGGGCCAUAUUUUUGCUAUCGCGGCAUCAGUAAGCUCGAUGCCUUUUGCCCUGUUACCUGUCGUUGUAACACAUCCACUAGGGUAUCGUACUAUCAUUUUAAUCUCAUAUUUUACAGCAAGAAGCCCCUUGAUAGCGUAUCACUGUUUGAUUGGAAGGAAUCUGCGUGGAGAAAACUGGCUCCCAUGGUAACCUCUCGCGCAUACCCCUGUGGUGUCACUGAUAAAUCGCGGGCUCGCCUUGUGGUAGCAGGAGGGUUCAACAACAAAGAGCUUAAUUCUGUAGAAGUAUUCGACAUCAAGACAGAAAAAUGGCUGAAAGCUCCUUCCAUGCCAACAGCGCGCACCAAGUGUGGAGGAGCUAUUGUCGGGGAUUACUUUGCUGUGGUAAGUUAAACCAUCACCUUUUUCAGCUAUAGGGUAUCAUGAAGAAUAGCCUGCUUAGCAGGCGUCGAAAGGGGUAGGGAGUACAUGAAGAAGUAUGACGUUGAUGGGAAGUAACGAGAGACGCCUACCCGAAAUCCGAAAGACGAGCUAGAUUCAUCUCUCCAUUAGACUGCUUGCAGUCGGUUUGUCGGCCGAAUUUUUUCCUCUAAAUAAUCCUUUCUGCUGAAAGAACUCAGAUGAAAAGAUAGGGACCAGGGGGGUUGCGGUACGAGACGCGGUGCGGCAAGCCACUCCUAUCCCUUCUCGUUUAAUUGCCUUGUUUUAAGGAAAGAAAAAAGAUUGACUGUAAAUAGUUUAUCUCGUCAUUUGUCAGCCUUUUCAUCAAAAGUUCUCAUAAGCUCAAUGCUCGUGGUAGGAAAAUGGGAAACUCAAAGAAAUCUUGAAGAAGGUUAUGUUCCUCACAUUUCCUAAUGAAGAUCCAUUAAAAGUAGUUGUUAAGAAAUGUUACAGCGCGCCAGCCUUUCAAUGUGUUUCAGAUUCCUUUCCCGUGUAAUCUGCUGUGUUCACAAACGUCCACCCAAUCCAAUAUGGUCGUUGAUCUUGUAGAUAGAGCCUCUUUAGUCCUCACUUUCAACUCUCUGUGGUUCAUCUGCGUUUGUUUGAAAUACUGUUCAGGCGCUCCAACUACUGCUCCAAAUACUGCUCCAACAAGCUGUGAUACCGGGAUGAUUUGAGAGAUGGACGUCUGCUUCUUUAGAAGGCUUUUCAAUUGCUGAAUAGAAUCACCUCGCCUGGAAUACAGUAGAACGCAGCAUUGCUCUGUUAAUGUUAAGUUAUUUUUUCAGGCGGGAGGAGAUGCGUUUGGACGACCUACCAAUGCAGUCGAAUGCCUUAACUUGAAAACUGAAAAGUGGGAGACUUUUCCCGCCAUGAACAUCCAUCGCCGUCGCUGUGCAGUGGUAUCCGUUGGCGAGAAGCUUGUGGUAGCAGGCGGGCUAACUCUCGGCGACUACUCACUGGACUCUGUGGAGAUGUUUGACCUGCGCAACAGGAAGUGGUUGGAGCUUCCAAACAUGCCAUACCCGCGUUUCGGCUGCGGAGCAUGCGUGAUCGGCUCGCAAAUGUUUUUGGUCGGUGGGAAUGAAAAGUUGUGGAUGAAAGCUUAUUCAAGCCGGGUGGAUUGCUUUGAUGUGAUGUCAGAAAGCUGGGAAACCCUACCAAGCAUGGCACAUAGAAGGCUACACCCCGCCGCAGUCUCCAUGAGUCUCUAAGCAUGCACUACACACUAAUGGCGACGAUAAAGGAAAGAUCGAAUUUUCGCAUCCAAAUUAAGAUUUAAGGAUGUUAAUAUAUUGGUUUUGGAUAUUUUACUUGCGUUUGCAAUGACAACUUAUUUGACGUACUUACUUAACAAGAACGUUCCUGCUUUCUUUAUUACGUGAAGAAUUAAGGCUAAUUAGUUUCUGUCGAAAAUUAGCUGUGUGAAAAUAGGUAAGUCCAUUUCGAGUCUUCUUGACCGGAUAACGUAAUUUUUCGCAAUAAAGCGCCGUUGAAAAGGCGAUUGAGCUGAAACUCGACAGUGAUAAUUAGUGUUUUUUUUUUCCUAGUUCUUCGCAAAGCAUGAAAUUAAAAUUCAGCCACCUAGUGAAACUAGGUUUCUGGUAAACUACCUACCUACCCCUCCCCUAAGCCAUCCUUUUGCCCUAAGUGAGAAGUAAGUGUUAAUGUCAGCUUAGGGGAGGGGUAGGAGGGCAGUUUCUCAGAAACCUAAAUUGACCCGAAAUUCACAGUGCAACAUUGUUUGCAGUACUAACACAAUCAUGAGUCUUUUUACCAGACA